AUGGUACCGGUACCGAUAACGCGUUCCAAAGCGAUAAUGGAGCAAUCCACAGUGGCUGAUGCCACCCAGCCAGUGUUAACUGAGGCAGUAACGGCUCCCCUAACGGGGGCAUUGGUCAAUUUGGACGAGUCUUCGACGGUCCAUGGGAGAGACGCGAAGGAGCUUAAGGAAGCUACAACUGAAGCCCUCAUCAACGUAUGGAAGGAUGUGAAGAAAGGAACGGCUCAAUUAGCUGAACAGGUCAAUCAAGGUAACUCUAAUUUGCUUGAUGGCCUUAACGGUUCAUUCGCCGCAUUUGAUGCGUAUUGA